GUAAACAACUUCCAACAAUUUCAGCCCAAAUUUGACUGACUUUCUAAUAAAAAAUAUAACAUCGAUUGAGUUUUUCACUUAGAUAUCAAAAAUAUGACCAAUCUAGUUGGAAAAUAUUUGGAGAACAUAUCACUUUCGAUAAAACUACUUUUAUUCGUAAUCUAUAUGCUAAUUUUAUGCGUUUUACGCAUUUGAUGUAUUUCUUAUGAAGUUUCUAAUGCUAUCUUCAAUUUGUUUUAAAUGAGAAAUCCAUCGUUUUAAUUUCUCGUGUCAUAGUAGCUCGGUUUAGGAACUGUAUAUAUACCACAGUUUUGUAACUAGCAUUAAUGACGUGAAAAACGAGGUUAGAAAUGCUUUCGAUUUAUUAAACGUGAAAAAUUAUACAUUUCUCAUGCUCGACAGAGUGGAAUGUAUACAGUACGUGUAUGCAUAUAUAUUUCAAUUAAAAGUAAAAGUACCGUGGAAUGUGAAGCAUUUCGGUGUUUGGUCGUAGUUAUACGUUAAACGCGUUAUUACAAUGCCGUUUAAGUUUCAUUUGAAGAAAAGUCGACAAUAUAAUGUGGUCUCCAAAAAUCAGUAUGUGAUAUGCAUAGAACUGUUGGAUACCACCUCCAUAGAAUGCACACUGAGUAUUGAUAGCCUUGGUCAGGAGUGUUUGGACAAUGUGACUCAACGUUUAGGAUUAGGACAGCCUGAAUUCUUUGGUCUACGUUAUAUUUCAAGGCAUGAUUCUCCAUCUCCAAGAUGGGUUGACAUGGACAAACCAUUGAAAAAACAAUUGGAAAAAGAAGCCAAAAAUUUUAGUCUAUAUUUGAGGGUCAUGUACUAUGUUACUGAUGUGCAACUCAUUCAAGAUGAAAUGACAAGGUAUCAUUAUUACCUUCAAUUGAAAAGCGAUGUUUUGGAAAGUAGAUUUCAGUGUAAUUCUAGGCAAGCAACUCUUUUAGCAAGUUACUUGAUGCAAGCAGAAUUUGGUAACUAUGAUGCAGAACGACAUACAAUGGAGUGCUUGCAACAAUGUACAUUAUUUCCCAAGGAUGUUAUUCAAGCAGAUCCUGGAGGACCAGAUUCUCUUUUGCAUACUGCUGUAUGUCAAUACAAGAAUCUGGUUGGUGUUACUCAGCCUGCAGCAGAGGAAUUAUACAUUUCUAUUGUUAUGCAGUUAGAGGGAUAUGGAAAUGAAACAUUUUCUACUAAGGACAAUGGAAAUAAUGAAGUGAUACUAGGAAUAUCUGUCAAUGGGAUUAUGGUCAUCUAUCCUAACACACAGACAACACAAUUCUAUAGAUGGAAAGAUAUAAGCAAUGUGAUCAAUCACAAAAAGACGUUUAGAAUAGAAUGUCAAGCCGAAGGCGAGGAGCCAAAGCAAUUCAUAUUUACCGAAUCGCGGAAUGCAAAAUAUGUGUGGCGUUUAUGUAUAGCACAGCACACAUUUUACAUGCAACAUCAAGAAUCUCGGCCAAUGGAGAGAUCAACUAAUGGUUAUUUCGACAGCGACACGAACGAUUCGGGAGAUCAUGCGGUAUCGGUAAAUUUGGAUAACAGAAAUGCAGAGGGUCACACAAGAUGGACUAGUUAUAAUGAUCUCUCAACGUCACCGUAUCCCGUUGUAUCCGUGUCGUCUACAGACAUCAAUAACUUACGUGCCUUACUUCCGUCCUAUAGACCAGCACCUGAUUAUGAAACUGCUGUCCAAAUGAAAUAUAAUAACGGGGGAAAUCCACCCCAGCCUUAUUACGCUAAUCAAUCCACGAUUGUGGGAGCAGAAAUUUCGUGCCUUCUUGGUAACGUAGUCAAUCGAAGUAGAUAUUGAAAUUACGAAUUACGAGUUCUAUCAUCCAAGAUCAUACGAGAUGAGAAACAUAAUCGUCCCGAGUAUUAUAAAUGUUUUUAAGAAGCAGUAUUUCCUAAUAAUUAUUCAUAUACAGCCACACCUUCAUGAGAAAUAACAGAAAAUCCUACAUUCUGGAUUAACACUUUACUGACAACUAGCGAUUCAACAGUAUACGUACGUUCGACUGGCGCAGAUUCUCCCUGACGCCGGUUUCGAUUUAAACUCUCCAAUACCAUUCUUUUUGUUCAUCGCGAACGGUACGUUUUUCAAAUUGGUAUAAAACUGUGAGAGCUUACAAAGCAACACAACUGACUCAAUUGCUGAAGGUACCUUAGUACUGUAUAACAAAUUACUGCUCAAAUAAUGAGAAAGAUGGUCGACAACAAAAAAACCGAUUAAUCGGCUAUCGGUCGGUAAAGUGUUAAUGGUUAAGACUGACACGCACAAUUUUACAAACUAUUUGUUCUUUCACUCUAUAUAUUAAAACAUACUAUUUUUAAAUAUUAAUAUUUUGCAUAGCGCAGUUUCAUUAUGUUCACAAAUAAUUCCCUUUAUCAUAGAUGGGAAAGUGAUCUUUCUGAUUAUAUCAGUUUUUUGACAUAAAUAUUGUUAUAAUUUAUAGUAUAUAGUAAUGUAUAGAGUGUCAUAUAAGACCUAGAUAACAUCAUACUGUAAAUAGAUGGUAAUCUUAUUUUUUUUAAUCAAUAUGUUAAAUAAAAUAAGAUAUAUUUAUUAUUAUAACCAAAAUAAAGUUUACUGAUAUCUGUCAAUCUA